AAAAGGGAAUCGCUGUGGGCUCAACAUAUAGAAAUGAGAAGCAGGCCAAAGAGUUUAUGCACCAUAUUGCAGAGGUGGAGAGAAACAACAUCAGAGAGAAUCUGAAAAGCACCAAAUUUCUCUCCAUCAUGUCAGAUGGCUCCACAGACAGUUCUGUGAAAGAGGAGGAGUUAGUUUAUGUCAGAUUCUGUCACAAGGGCAAGAUCGAGUCGAAGUUUGUUGGCAUCAAGUCAGUGGAGAAGGCAGACACGGCACACAUAAGCAACGCCAUCAGUGCCAUCAUAGUGUGUGAUGAGUGGGGGAGCAAGUUGGUCGCUCUGGGAACAGAUGGAGCUGCUGUGAUGACUGGAGCCAAGAAUGGUGUGGUCAGCCGGCUGAAGGGUACCAGGGCCUACAUCAUCGGCAUCCACUGUAUGGCACACCGCCUUGAACUGACCUUUUCUGAUGCCAUCCAGUCCAACGUGAUGUUUCAGAAAGUUGAAGACCUCCUCAGUGGGCUGUACACCUUCUACCACACCAGUCCACUGAGCAGGGUAAACAGCUUCCAAGCUCUUGGGCACACGCCACUGUUGCCCACCAGAAUUGGCGGGCUCCGAUGGGUAGGACACCUACUGGACCACUUCCUGCGAGGUUACCAGGGGCUUGUCCAGCACCUGGAACAGAUUCAAUCUGCUGAUGCCCACCAUCACCAUAGCAGAAGCCCACAGCUCCUUGUGCUUAUCACAGGCAGUACUUAAUUAGUACAAAACCGGAUUUUGGUGACACUGAACUGGAAACCCUGGUGGACCACUUCAAGCAUGUCUUGGAAACCUCUGGCAUCCAUGUUGAAAGGAUCCCUGACCAGUGGACUGUCCUGAAGGUGCUGACGUACCAAGAGCCCCAGUCCCUGCAGAAGAUGUUCUGGUUCUGUGUCAACAGGAGCCAUUAGCAUUUCUGCCCUGAUUUGCUGGCAUUGGUUGACCUGGUCCUGUCCUUCCCUGCCUCCACAGCUGAAUGUGAAAGAGGUUUUAAUACCAUGAAACAGGUGAAAACCGAUUGUUGGUCUGACCUAAAGUCUGAUACACUGGCAUAUCUCCUUUAUGGUCCAGCUGUUCUCUCCAGAGAUCAGGGGAAUGAUACGAUAAAAGCUGUGAUGCUGUGGCACCAGGACUCUGUCAGGAGCAGGAGGCCAGACUUCAUGGACCGUGGAAAGAGGGUGAUUGUGGUAGAGAGUGAGGAGUCUGAUGUGGAGGUUUAAGUUGAUUAAAAUGUACAUUUAAUAGCAAAAACUUCAGUAGAAUUUAGAGUUCAAGACUUCUUCAGUUGUGUUCAGGCUGGGAAAAUAAAUGAAUAGAUGAAA